AAAAAUAAAGAGCCUUAAGAUACUAAUUCUACAAAGUUACAUUUACACAUGGCUUGCCUCUUUAAGUGAAUCUUGAGGUAGUCUAAAAUAACAGAUAACAUUAAAAAAUAAACACAAGAUUGUGUUUUCAGAUUAUUGGGAGCCACCUCUAAGCACCUAUUUAUUAUAAUUAUUACUUGGCUAACAUGCGCAUUUUGGGUCCUUAAAUUCAAGAUUAAGAAGACUAAUUCAUUAGUCAUUGGAGUUCAAUAAGUUGGUUCAGAAAUAAUAAAACUUGUACAAGUUGAGAUGGGAAUCUGCAUAUCCUCUGCAUCUUCAGAGAUUCACCAGGCAGAAGAUAGCCUUGAAAAGGUUACUGUAUACAUAGAAGAAAAUAUUGCUUUUCAAGGACUUGGUUCUCUUUACUCUAAAGAAGGAAGCAAAGGGUUAAACCAAGAUUCUGCUAUUCUUCAUCAGGGUUAUGGAGCAGAAGGUGGAGCUUUCUGUGGAGUUUUUGACGGUCAUGGAAAGAAUGGUCAUAUUGUGAGCAAGAUUGUCAGAAACGGAUUGCCAUUACUGUUACUAAAUCAAAGGAAUGUCCUGGCUAAGACAAAGACAGUUGUAGAUAGCAAAAAUGAGAAAGUUGAAGAUGAUUUAGUACCAAGCAACAAUUUUUAUAUAUGGAAAGAGGCUUGUAUUAAUGCUUUCAAGGUUAUGGACAAGGAAGUCAAGCUUCAAGAGAACUUAGAUUGCUCUUGCAGUGGAACCACAGCAGUAAUUGUUAUGAGACAGGGUAAAGAUCUUGCCAUAGCUAAUCUUGGAGACUCAAGAGCAGUGUUAGGUACAAUAAAUGAGAACAAAAUCAUGCCUGUUCAAUUAACCACAGAUUUGAAGCCCAAUGUACCAAGUGAAGCAGAUAGAAUAAGGAAGUGCAAUGGUCGAGUACUUGCCUUGAAGGAAGAACCACAUAUUCAUAGAGUGUGGCUACCCCAUGAAGACUCUCCAGGGCUUGCCAUGUCUCGAGCUUUUGGCGAUUUCCUACUCAAAAAUCAUGGAAUUAUUGCUUUGCCGGAGAUCUCUUACCGCCGACUAACAUCUAACGACCAGUUCAUCAUUCUGGCAACCGACGGGGUGUGGGAUGUGCUUAGUAACGAACAAGUUGCAUCCAUCGUGUGGGCUGCGGAGAGUGAACAGGCAGCAGCAAAGGCGGUAGUGGAUGCAGCAACAGCCGCAUGGAAGAAGAAGUAUCCUGCUUCCAAAGUAGAUGAUUGUACCGCAGUUUGCCUCUUCCUACGUAAGAAGCAACGGCGAGAUUUUACCUUUUAGAAUUUUGUUUUUGAGUAUUAUUACCUUCCAAAUUCCAGUCUCUUUGCUGCAGCUUAUAUAUUUAGAAAUAUGGUUGGCUAUUUAAAGUUUGAGAAACCAUAUAAAUUUCCUCCUGAC